GUUCGAUUUGUUCGCCGACCAAGUUUGAGCGAGUUCACGCUCUCCUCCUCUCUGGUAGGUUUCAGUCAAGUUUCAGCUGAAAAUACCACGCCUUAGCGUUUCCAAUUUCCAUAUUUGUAGGUAACCUUCUUAGCGAGUUAGGAUCUCAUAAUGACAGAGUUAAACGAUGCCGAUAAGGCGGUCAAGAAGCUCGUUCAUGCCGGAAUUCCAAAAGCCGAAUGCCUGGACAACAUGGACGAGUUCAUGUCCCGAGAAGAGAAUCCAACCAUCGAGGCCGGCUUGAAGAACCUCGACGAACAGCACAGUAAAUACAAGUUCAUGGAGCUGAACCUCAUGCAGAAGAAGCAAAGGUUAAAAAGCCAGAUUCCUGAGAUAAAGACUUCUCUCGAGAUCAUCAAAAUGUUGAAGGCAAAGCGGGAAUCUUCCGAGGAUAUGGAGACAAGGUUUGUGCUGUCCGACCAGGUGUACUCCAAGGCUGUCAUCCCUCCCACUGAGAGAGUCUGCCUCUGGCUUGGGGCCAACGUGAUGCUGGAGUACAGCCUCGAAGGUGCCGAGGAGCUCCUCUGCAGGAACUUGCAGACGGCCACGAGAAACCUCACAGAGCUGGACAGUGACGUGGACUUUCUGAGAGAUCAGAUUACCACCACCGAAGUCAAUAUGGCAAGGCUGCACAACUGGAAUGUCAAGAAAGUGCAAGCAGAAAAGCUCAACGCACAAGCCUCAUCGUGAAACGCAACAUCCAGUUCCACUUAAAUCUUGCGAAGUAUAAACUGGGUCGGUCGUUUCGUUUGCAUCAGCAGCAACUAUGCUGCUUAGUGUCAUUUUGAAAUGGGGGUUUACCUUUCCCUGCAUGCAUAACUGAAGAUUUUUUAAUAAUCUUUGAAUAAUACAAACUCAACUAAAUUAUUAUUUGCAGCAAACACCCUCUGUUUGGCUCGACUUGCGUACAGGAAUAAAAGCAUUGACUGCCGAG